AUGUCUCUUAGCCGCACCAUUACUGGCACCGUGCCUGUCAGCACAGACUUAAUGGUCUCUCUUGACGCCAGUGGAUCCACCGGCUCCGUCGUUGGGAUUCUCCUCUCGGGCGCGGCGGCAAUGUCGGAAACGGCGGCCAAGCCGGCGCCCGGCUAUAGCACCCGGGGCGGAUCACGACUUCAAGUUGGAACCCAUCGACCGGCCGGCGAGUAA